AUGGUGCGCAUGUGGGAGCGCUUGAAACGCAUCAUGCCGCCGCCCAGAGGUUCCGACCUUGAGCAGGAAGCCUCGCCACGCCUAUCGCUUCUCUCGCCUCGCUGCCCCACCCAGCAGCAUCUCAGCCACAGCGCCAGUUGGGGGGCCACCAUGGGCAUGGGCAUGGGCAUGGGCACGGGCAUGAGUGGGGGCGCGAGUGUGAUUCAGCUGCCAGCGGGAAUGACGCUGGUGGAGGCGCUGCUGGCGGGCCGUGUCCCGCGCAACCAGAGGGGCGCCGCCUGGGUUGCCAUCGCCACCGCCCACCCUGAUGACACCUUGGCGGAUGGCAGCAGCUACACCUCUCUGCUCAUGCAGCCCUCCGCCUCCGCCAAGGAGAUAGAGCGGGAUGUGAACCGCACCUUCCCCAACCACCGGCUCUUCCAGGAGGAGAGGGGUGCCGGCCAGCAGUCACUCUUCAACGUCAUCAAGGCCUACUCUGUGUUGGACAAGGAGGUCGGCUAUUGCCAGGGCAUGGGGUUCAUAGCGGCGACGCUGCUGAUGAGCAUGGGGGAGGAGCACGCCUUCACGUGCCUCGUCUUCCUCAUGUAUCGCUGCGGCCUGCGAGGGGUCUUCCUGCCCGACAUGCAGCAGCUGCAAGUGCGCAUGUAUCAGCUCACCCAGCUGCUCAUCCACACUCUGCCACGCGUGCAUGCCUUCUUCGAACACCUCGACAUCAAACCCGUGAUGUACGCGGCGGACUGGUUCCUCACUCUCUUCGCGCGCACCAUGCCUCACUACCUCGUCUUCCGCGUCUUCGACAUCAUCCUUGCGGAGCAGACCACUGCAAUUGUCUUCAAGCUCGCCAUCGUUCUCCUGCAGGUGUGCAGGCGGCAGCUACAGCAGUGUCCGGAGAUGGAGUACGCCAUGUGCCUGCUGCGCACAGACCUGCCCGCACAACUCAAGGAGGUGAGCGAGGAGGAGAUGGAGGAGCUGGUGUGCAAGGCCAUGCGGGUGGACCUGCCCUUUGAGAGCCUGCUGCGACUCGAAGCAGAGUACGAUCUGCUGGCGGGGGAGGCAGCAGCGGCGGCGAGGGACGUGCAGGCAGCAGCCGAGGCCAGCGAAGCGGCAGCCCUCUCGUGGGGGGCUGACCGGCAGCAGCUGGAGGCCCGACUCUGCCAUGCCACACUCGCACUGAAGCAGGGCGAGCGUCUGGCAGCCCACAUCACAGCCGAGCUGAACCUCUCUGAUUCUGCCCGUCACUCUUCCUCCCACCCUUCCCCGUGCUCACCGCCACCGCCUGCCGAUAUGAAGCCCCAGAGUUGUUCGCCCACCAUAAGUAGCCGUGCCACUGCCUCUCAUGUGGGCUGUUCUGUGCAUGCUGCCUUGCACAUGGGUAAUGGUGUGGGCGGACCCGGAUCCCUAGAGAGCAGUCACGAGCCCUGGGUGAAAAGGGACCGCAGUGGAGGGGGGAUGCGGAUUGGCCGGGCUGGAGGGGGCGGCUGUUUGCCGGUGAAUGGCAGUGGGGCGAGGGGGCUUGAAGGUUCAAGAGCUGAGCACUUGAAUGGUGCUUCGCGCACCGAGGAGGGACGGCGGCCCUCGGAGGGCGGAGAGGGAGAGGAGAGUGUGUGUGAGGAGGAGGGAGCAUGUGAGGAGGACCUACCAUUGGAGGAGAGUGUGCAGCUGUGGGAGGAGCGGGUGGCAGUGGUGGGAGGAGGGAAGAGCACGGUGGAAGCGCUAAGAGCAGUGAGAGCAGCGCAGCACGAGUGGGUGCAGGUGGGGAUGGCGCUGGCGCUGGCAGAGCGCGAGGUGGCGUGCCGCCUGGACAUGGGCGCGCCGCCCACUGACUCUUCAGCCGCGCUGGGAGCUCUCAUGAGAGGAGGGGCGCAUGAGUUGGUGGUUGUGGAGGAGGUGGGGGGCUGUGUGGAGGAGAAUGGAGCACAUGGGCAUGGCAGCAUGCGACAGUAUGAUGCAGUGAAGAGAUUAUGA